AUGUGGCCACUGCAGCCGUCUUGGGUUCCAGGCACCGAUCCCUUUUCUUUGUCUCUUCUUCUCGCGCACCUCCUCGUCCUUGCGACGUACAUGACCGGCGCCCGCGCCUACGGGCCGCUGUCGGACGAGAGUCUUUUGCGCAUACCUGCGGCCGGCGCCGACUUUGACAUCCACAAUGGCAAGCUGCUGGCGCCCAUCCUCAUCCCGCGCGUCCCGGGCACGCCCGGUUCCAGGGCCGUGCAACAGCACUUUGUGCGGUUUUUCAAGGAGCAGCUCCCCGAGUGGGAGAUUGAGUGGCACAACUCGACGGCCACGACACCGGCCACAGGCGACAACCAGAUUCCCUUUGCCAACCUCAUCUUUCGGCGCGACCCGCCUUGGGCUGCGCCCGGCGAUGUGGCACGGCUGACGCUGGCUGCACACUACGACACAUUGUUCAAGCCCGAGGGCUUUAUUGGUGCCACGGACAGCGCUGCGCCGUGUGCGAUGCUGAUGCACGUGGCGCGCAGCCUCGACCAGGCGCUGACGCAAAAGUGGGCGGCCAUGAAGGCCUCGGGCGAUGCCGGCAGCGGUCUCGAGGAAGAGCGUGGCGUGCAGAUUAUGCUGCUGGACGGCGAAGAGGCAUGGGUCAAGUGGACCGCCACGGACUCGCUCUACGGCUCGAGAGCACUUGCCGAGUCAUGGGAGUCCACUCGGUACGAGGCCCUCUCGACGUUUUCCAACCCCCUUAGUUCCAUCAGCCUCUUCGUGCUGCUCGACCUUCUCGGCGCACCAAACCCCACGGUGCCGUCCUACUUCCAGACCACGCACUGGGCAUACCAGCGCAUGGCCUCCCUCGAGGACCGUCUGCGCAGGCUCAAGGUCCUGGCGUCCGAGGGCACAGGCGCUAAAUUUCUGCCGGAGUCGGGCAAGAAGCCUUCGCAGUUUGCCCGCGCCUUUGUCGAGGACGACCACGUUCCGUUUAUGGCUCGCGGCGUGGCUAUCCUGCACAUCAUCCCCGCGCCGUUCCCGCCCGUGUGGCACACCAUGGCGGAUACCCCUGGCAACUUGGACAUCCCGACCGUCGACGACUGGGCCAUGAUCGUGACGGCAUUCACCGCAGAGUGGAUGGAGUUGGACGGCAUGCUGCCCCAGCUUCAGACUCGCCGCACGACAAGGGAGUCUGCCAAGACAGAGUUAUGA